AUCGUUCUCUGUUGGAUCCCCACCACGUCCGCCCAUCAUCAUCACCACAUUUACAGUAGAUAUUUUACUCUCCCUCGCUCACUUUCACUGCCUUUGCCUUUUGGGUUUGCAAAAAGCAAAGCCCUUUGAUGAAUCAAUCAUACGCUUACUAGUAUUCCCAAAUGUUGAAGUUUGACUACUGGUGAGGCUUGUGCUUGUUUUCCUAGUUUCUUAACUAAAGAAAGACGACUUUCAACACUUUCCUUCCUGGGAAGGUUGGAAAUUGGAAAAUUGAUCAAGUCUUUCGCCUUCAAAACACUUCCAGAAGAACCCAAAAAUCUCAGUCCAAGAACACAAAGUCUGCCAGCGGAAAGGAAAAGAAUUUCGAAGUGUUUUUCCUGGAAAAGGAAAUUAUGGGUUUUGUUGGACAAGAAAAAGAUUGAAAUCUCAGGGAGAUAUUGACCAAAAAAAUAAAGGGAAAUCUCAGAGAGGCGGACAUUGAUCGGUGCAUAUAUAGAUAUAUCCAUCAACCAAGAAAGAUGGGUUCUUUCAAAGGUCAUAUUCUGCCAGGGACUUUGUUUUUGGUUGUUGGGUUGUGGCACGUAUGGUGCUCGCUGGUGAGAUAUGUGUCAAACCCCAAGUCCUUUCGGGUACAUGUAUGGAACCCAAUUCCCGGUGUUGAUGGGAGGCUUAAGUAUUUUGAGCUUUAUCUUAUAGCAGUUGGUGCUUUCAUUGAUAUGUGUAUCGAGCUUUUGUAUUCGACCCAUCUCAAGUUCUUUGUAGAUGGAGUCUUGAACCCUCAUCACAUGAAUGAUUUCGAGCACUCGGGGAUGCUUCUUAUGUUCUUUAUCUUUGGGGUUGUCACCCUGAUCUCACAGGAGACAAGAUUUCUUCCGAUGCCUGAAGGAGCUCUUGCUCUGAUUGCUGCUACAGCAUUCUGUGCAGAGUAUCUCCUUUUCUACUUUCACUCAACAACUCAUAAAGGCCUCGAGGGGUAUUACCACAUCCUCCUUGUCCUCCUGAUCGGGCUCUGCAUAUUAUCAACUGUGGCUGGAGCCCUCUUACCAACCAGCUUUCCAAUUGAUUUAUGUAGCGGUAUUGCCAUAACUCUCCAAGGCCUCUGGUUUUAUCAGACUGCAUUCACUCUCUACGGCCCCAUGAUGCCAGAUGGUUGUCAGCUCAAGGAUGAUAUGAUCUCAUGUCAUUCUGUCGACAGUGAGGUCCGAGGUGAGUUGCUUGCAAACUUCCAGUUCUUUACCAUGGUUCUUAGCUUGCUUGUUGCAGUUGUGGGAGGAUAUGGUUUUGUUACCUCAAGAUUUGGGCAUUCUGAUCAACGGAGCUUGCGUGCAGUAUAAGAUGUAUUGGUUGAUGAUCGACAUAGGGGUUUGAAAUGCAGAUCUAAAAAAAUAUAAUGUUUACCGGAGGAAAGAUCGAAACAUAGAUUUUAGAUAUAGAAGCAAAUGGAGUUACGAGUCGUGGAGUUAGUGGCAUUCAUAAUUUCAAAGAUACAAGGGGAGCUUUUUUUGUCAAUAAUGAAGAGGCUUUUGUUCAAGGUCAUGUUCUUCCCUAUUUUCCCUAUUACAUCACACAAAACUGAGCGCAAUGACGUUCUAGGAUUCAUAUAACCGACCUCAUUUAGUGGGAAAAUACUUUGUUGUUGUUGGUGGUGUCGAAUUUUGUAAACUUAUUGUGAUCUAUAUAAUAUUUGAUGUAUUUAUUCAUUAAAA